AUGUUCUUCUCCCAAGCUGCCAUUGCUCUCUUCGCUGUUGGCCUCACCGCCGCAGCUCCAGUCGUUGAGAAGCGUGCUGCUAUUACCGACGCUGAUAUACUCAACUAUGCUCUGACGCUGGAACAUCUCGAGGAUACCUUCUACCGCCAAGGCCUCGCCAACUUCACGCAGGCCGACUUCGCCAAAGCUGGCUACGAUGCCACCUUCUAUAGCAAUAUUCAGAAGGUUUCUACGGACGAGAAGACUCACGUCUCCUUCCUGACUUCCGCUUUGAAAGCUGCUGGUGCUGCUCCCGUCGAGGCGUGCACAUAUAGCUUUGGCGUGACGGACGUUCCGAGCUUCCUAGCUACGGCAUCCAUUCUCGAGGGCGUUGGUGUCUCCGCCUAUCUUGGCGCGGCUGCCGAUAUCAUGAGCAAGACCUAUCUCACAGCGGCUGGCUCCAUCUUAACUGUUGAGAGCCGUCACUCCUCUUACAUACGCGCCAAUCUCAAAGAAGCCCCAUUCCCUCAGCCCUUUGACGCCCCUUUGACUCUGGAUGAGGUAUACUCGUUGGCCUCUGGAUUCAUUACCUCCUGCCCGUCGAGUAAUGCACCCCUGCCUGUCAAGGCCUUCCCUAAACUACAGCUUGCCCCUAUGACUGCCAAGUCCGUCACUGCCGGUGCAACGGUUACUCUUCUCACUCCUGGUUACACUCUGAAGGCCGAAAAUGACGCUCAAAUUUACGCUGCCUUUAUUGCCGUCACUGGCCCAACUUUCGUUCCCGCUGAACCUGUCAAUGGAGGCUUCUCCUUGACCAUUCCCAAGGGCUUCGCUGGCCAGACCUAUGUUGUAUUGACCACCUGCAAGGAGGGCGUCUCCGACGAAACUACUGCUGCAGGUCCUGCUAUCAUCGAGAUCUCGGCCUAA